AUGUCUGUCCAUGAUGAAGAUGAAAAUGAAAAUGGUGAAAUGUCUAUAAUCGAUAAUAACCUUGAAAUGAACAAUGAAGACAAUGGUGGUGGUAUGGAAGUGGAAGAGGAAGAUGAUGAACCAUUUACAAUUAUUCGAAAUGAAACAGAUGAUACAGUGAAAAAGAAAAAGUAUCUGUAUCGUUUACCGGAAUGGAUGUCUACAAAUGCCGUUCUGUUCAAUGCUGGUGAUUUGACAAAUGACGACGUCGAUGAUCAGAAUGAAAUAGAACAGUUAGAAUACAUUGAUAAUGAUAUUUGCUCAAUUUUAGUUAACGAUCUUUCUAUUCGGCGUUUGUUUCCUGUUCAAAAACAACUUAUACCGUACAUAAUUAAGCAAAGUAAAACUAUCACAUGUGUACCACCAUCGGACAUAUGCGUCUCAUCACCAACUGGUACGGGAAAAACAUUGACAUAUGUUAUACCUCUGUUACAAUGUAUUCGUCAUCGUAUAACAAAAUCAAUUCAAAUAUUAAUCAUUUUACCUGUACAAGAUUUAGCCGAACAAGUAUUCAAUGUUAUUAGUGUAUUUACAAAAAAAUUGAAUUUAAACGCAGCGCUGAUAUGCGGAGGAAAAUAUUCAUUUGAAUUUGAACAAAAUUUACUUCUUAAAAAACAAUUAGAUGGAACUUAUACAUGUCCUGUAGACAUUGUUGUCUGUACACCAGGUCGUCUUGUUGAACAUUUAACAAAAACUCAUGGUUUCAAUUUAGAACAUUUACGUUAUUUAGUUAUUGAUGAAGCUGAUCGUAUUAUCGAUGAAUUUAAACAAGAUUGGCUUCAAAUUCUCGAGUCAUCUAUUUUUACUCGUAUACAUACAAAUCGUAUACAUCCAAAAGAUUUUCAGCCGUCUAUGAUGAGUUUGGGAAAUAUGAGACAAAAUUCAUAUCAAAAAUUAUUAUUUUCUGCUACGUUAACACAUAAUCCGGAAAUAUUACAACAAUUAAAUUUAUUUCGUCCUAUAUUAUUUUCGGACAAUAAACGAACAUCAUCUGCCGUAUCAGUGCCAUCCAAUUUAAAAGAAUAUUAUCUUGUAUGCAAUAUACUCUAUAAACCAUUGACCGUUGCUUAUCUAAUACAAAAUCAAUUACAUUCGGAACGUAUUAUCAUAUUUGUUCAUUCAAAAAAUGAUGUCAAUCGACUUUAUUCAUUGUUAAAAAUAUUAUUACCAGAUCAAACGAAGUUAACUUUUAUAUCGAGACAUUUAAAUAUGAAAAAAAUUCAAACACGUUUAAAUCUAUUUGAAAACGGACAAAUACAAAUUAUUGUUUGCUCCGAUAUUAUGGCUCGUGGUAUUGAUAUAUCAAAUAUUGAUUGUGUUAUUUUAUAUGAUUUACCUCGAAAUAUUCGUACAUAUAUUCAUCGUGUUGGUCGAACGGCACGAGCUGGUAAACAUGGAACAUCAUUAACUUUAGUGGAAAAAGAACGUUUAAAUUUAUUUCGUUUAAAUAUCAAAUCGAAGCGCGGAAAAAAAUUAAAAUAUAUGAAUGUUACAAAAGAAAAUUAUGAACACAUGUUUAAUGAUUAUCAACAAGCAUUAGAAACAUUUUCACAACAACAACAGCAUUCAUCAAAGAAAACAAGACAAAAACGACAUACUUAG